AUGAUGCGGGGGCUGCUGGCGGGGCUGCGCGGGCCGCGGGCAGCGGCCGGGACCAGACCCACCGACCUCAUGAGCGUCUGCACCAACCCGCCGCCGCCCCCGGAGCAACAGGAGGAGGAGGAGGGAGACGGCAGGGCGAGACCCGGCGGGAGAAGAAGGCGCCGCAAGGGCGGCAACAGCCUUCCCGACAGGUGGAAAGACUACCUCCCUCUCGGCCGCCGGAUGCCCGGGACGCGAUUCAUCGCCUUCAAAGUCCCCCUGGAAAAGAAUUUUGAUAAGAAGCUCGCCCCGGCGGAACGUUUUUCUCUGUCGGAUCUCGUCAGCCAAAUCAGGGCCCAGAAGGAAGAGCUGGGGCUGAUCAUCGAUUUAACGUACACCCAGCGCUACUAUAAACCCAAGGACCUACCGGACACCCUUCUUUACAUGAAGAUUUUUACGGUUGGACAUCACGUGCCCGACAACAACACCAUAUUUAAAUUCAAAUGUGCGGUGAACCAAUUCCUGGAAGAAAACAAGGACAAUGACAAACUUAUUGGCGUCCACUGUACACAUGGUCUAAACAGAACCGGGUAUCUUGUUUGCAGGUACCUCAUUGAUGUUGAAGGCAUGGAACCAAACGCUGCAAUAGAACUGUUCAACAGCUGCCGAGGACAUUCCAUAGAAAGGAAAAACUACAUCAGAGACCUCCAGGACGGACCCAUCCGGAACAAUGACGGCCCAGAGGACUCCAGGCCGGGUCACUUCGGACAGUCCCAGUGGCCGAACAGACCGGUCUGGAACUCUAACCACCAAGGACCUCACCAUAAUUCACCGGGGCCGAGGGGCUUCCCGGCCGAACCGCGAGAUUUUCCCGCCCCGCCCCGGGACUUGUAUCACCAGUCGUGGGACCUGUACUCGCGCCCGUGGAAUUUGAACUGUCAGCCUCCGGGUUUUCACCCAACAACCAGGACCGGCCAGCGACACCUGAAGUCCUUGGGGCCGACACCACGGGGAGCCACCAUCCGUCCCCUCCCCCGGGCCCGCCCGGGGACAACCGUGGCCAGGCCGGAUACAUUUGGACUCGAAGGCCGGGCCGCUCGGACCCCCGGGAGGCAGACGGGCCGCUCGACGGCCAGAGACCCCGUAAGAGGCCGGCGGGGGACCACGGCCAGUGGGACACGUAGCGGGGGCCAGCCGGGCCGGGGGUCUGCGGGGGCUGGCCCGGCCGAGCCCACGAGGACCUCCGCCGCCGGACGGCGCGGUGCCGGAACGACCGAUUAAAUCUCGCUUUUAAUUCAA